AUGACCAACGUAGGUUUAGACACAGCUCAAAACCCUUUACUUUAUGAAUCAAAUCAGAUUUUUGAUGACGAACACGACAUUGCUAAUGAAAAUAGCGUAGAUGGACAAACUCCCUACAAAGAUUUACAAGAAAAUAAGCUGUCAACUGAAAUACAGCAAUGCUUACUACAAACCUUCUCUAGAAAUGCCCUUAUCAAGUUUUUACCACCACCUAUGGACAAAGAAAUAGCUAGAUGCUUUCCUGCUCCCAUGGAAGGGGUAGAAAAUCUGGGCCAACACAUCAUGGUUCCUACUUUACAAAGUAUUAAACAAGGUCAUCAGAGAACAGGUGAUGAUCAUAAUAAUAUUUUCUCAAUGGCUGUUAGCACUAUGGUUUUCAAUACUGCUGUCUCUUCUGGAUGA